AUGGGUAAAGUGAGUUUUUAUGUGCUCUGGUCGCUUCGUGAUGCUCCCCGACAGCUGAUCAGUAAAUUCAACCGGCUCUGCUACCAGUCUCAGGUACCCUUGCCAUUGCCAAAACAACUAGUGGUGUUCAGCCUUGGAGACUGGAAAUCCUAUUCAGAAGACACCAGCAUCACAGUGGAGGUGUCUGUCAGUCCAGAUGUGAAGCCCCAGAAGAUAGGAAGACUGUCGGCUGAAACGAGAUGUCUGGUGUGGGAGGAGGAGUGGAGGCUUGAUCUACUCACAGCUGCAAUGGAGCAAGCAGACAGAGGAGUCUUUGGUAAACUUCUGCUCACAGUCAAUGGACAGGUUAAAACCAGUUUUACCAGCAGCACCCCAGUGUCCUCCAGGAAACGUCUCAAUAAAGACAGCCAGGCUUCAUCCCAGCCGGUGGAAAACAUGACAACACUGCUGUUCAGUGGAGUAAAUCAAUUGCCAGAGACACCUGAACGUACGAUUUUAGGAAGGAGUAAGAUUCCGCAUUUAAGCUCUGGGGAUGAUUUGAGUGUCAUGAAAAGCACCAUCCGAGACUCCCCACCUUCCAAAAAGAUGUGCACGCUGUCGGUGGCAAGUGAUGAGGAAAAAGAGGUCCGGUUUCUGAAGAAAGCAAGGAAAUCUGUGAAAGAACUUGUGGAGCAGAUCACCGAAGUGUGCCCGAAUCCACGGUGGGGUCAUAGAAUGUGUCUCAGUGACCCUGAGACGGCAAUUCUGAUUGGUGGAGAGGGCAGAGCGCGGAAGCACUGCAAAGACUCCCUGUGGAAACUUGAAAUCGAUGAUGAUUUUUGGUUCCCAAUGGACUCUUCUGUCUCUGGCCCCACUCUGCCUUGUUCUCGUGGUCACUCGGCCACGUACGACCCCGAAUCGAAGCGCAUUUAUGUUUUUGGUGGGGUGAAGGAUGGCAAGCGUUACAGUGACAUAUACAUGCUGAACACUUCAACAUGGAAGUGGUCUCACAUACCUGCAAAAGGUAAAAUCCCUACACUGUCUUAUCACAGUGCAACAAUCUUUAAAAAGGAGCUGUUUGUCUUUGGAGGCGUCUUCCCAAAUCUUUCUCCUGAAGGGAAAGCCCCCAGUAACGCACUCUAUAUAUUUAACCCAGAGCAUGAAAUCUGGUACCAGCCUAUUGUGGAAGGAGAGAAGCCGCUGCCCAGAUUCGGUCACUCAGCCACCCUUUUAACAAACAAGCUGAUCAUUUUUGGUGGAAAAAAAACUCUAGUCUUCCUCAACGAUCUCCAUAUAAUGGACCUAGGUUUCAUGGAGUACACGUCUGUACAGUAUGCUAACUCUCCUCCAGUGCCUCGCGGGUUCCAUGCUGCUGUAGCAGUGUCCCAUAACAAAGUGCUCAUCAGUGGAGGGUGCUGUGCAACUGGAGCCCUACAGGACAUGCAUUUAUUUAAUUUGGACAAUAGCACCUGGAGUUCUAUAGCUCCCUCAGUCCUUUGCUCCGUACCCCGGGCUGGACACAGCAUGAUCAAUCUCGCUGUACCUCGUCAGACUGAUGCUGAGAAAGAGAAACAACCCAAUAGAACGUUCUGCACGAUUCUUAUAUUCGGGGGCUCAGAUUGUUCUGGGAAGUUCUACAAUGACACAGUAAAAUCCAUCUUAGAAAUCUAG